UCUCCCUCUCUCCCUCUCUCCCUCUCCCUGUGUCCACCUCUCGGUCCAGUCUCCGUGAACAAAACUACAUUUCAACACUUCGACCGGGGAGAACUUCACUUGCCCGAAACCUUGCGGGACAUUUCCCCCCGUGGGCGAGACCCCCGUUCCGUUGACGGUAAUUCGGCGAUGAAGAUUUCCACCGUCUGUCACCGGAUGACUGGUGUAUUCCCAACGUGCAUCCGGCUCUUGUCUGGCGGACGGGAGCGGCUCCAGAUGUGGGUCUGAAGGAGGCGAGGACACGGCUGUGGUGAGGGUGGGCACAUUGGAGCUUGAAAUUGCUCCAGAUUUGGGCCAGGAAAACCAAAAGGAUCGAAGGAUAGAACAAGAAGAGGUGAGUAACAGUAACAGGAGGUGUUUGUUGCUGUAGCUUCUGUGCCACUACCAUGAGCUGGAAUUUCCUGACUCAUCUGCUGGAAGAAAUCCACAACCACUCAACGUUUGUGGGCAAGAUCUGGCUCACCGUACUCGUUGUUUUCCGCAUCGUGCUGACGGCUGUAGGAGGAGAGUCCAUCUACUAUGAUGAGCAGAGCAAGUUCGUCUGCAACACGGGUCAGCCGGGCUGUGAGAACGUCUGCUACAACGCCUUCGCUCCGCUCUCGCACGUCCGCUUCUGGGUCUUCCAAAUCAUCCUGGUGGCCACGCCUUCACUCAUGUACCUGGGCUACGCGGUCAACAAGAUUGCUCGGGCAGAGGAGCGGGCUGGCGGUGGGGCAGGUAGUGGAAUAUCACGGAGGAAACCCCAGAAGCAUUACAUGGGGGGCAGAAUGCAGCACAGAGGUAUUGAAGAGGCUGAGGACGACCAAGAGGAAGACCCGAUGAUCUAUGAAAUGACAGAGGUGGUGAGUAAUGGUGCAGCAAAAGGAGACAGUGGUGAAGAACAAGUAAAGGUCAAGGCGCGGCAUGAUGGACGCCAGCGUAUCAAAGAAGACGGGCUAAUGCGUAUUUACGUGUUUCAGCUCUUGGCCCGCUCUUUGCUGGAGGUGGCGUUCCUGUGCGGACAGUACUUCUUGUAUGGAUUUGCAGUACCUCCGAUCUACAUGUGCUCUGACCAACCCUGCCCUCAUAGUGUGGACUGCUUUGUGUCUCGCCCAACUGAGAAAACUAUCUUUCUCCUCAUCAUGUAUGUCGUCUCCAUGCUCUGUCUGGCUCUCAAUGUAUGGGAGAUGCUUAACUUGGGCAUCGGCACCAUCUGUGAGAUUGUACGCACUCGCCAGGUGCAGCUCCCCAAUGGAGAGUUGUACGGACUGUCACAUGACCAUGGAGCUCUAAAAGAGGCUGGAUUGGGUGGAAGGGAUUACCACAGCUACCCUUAUUCUUGGAACGCAUCAACAGAUCCACCAGGGUACAACAUCGCAAUCAAGCCUACUAUGGUAUCUACAAAGAACCAUGACAAACCACUGCCCAUCACCGACCUGGCUAAUUCUAAGAUGACAUGCCGACAGAACCACGUAAACAAUGCCCAAGAGGAGCUUCAGCACUACUCCAGAAAUGAUGACAACUUGGGCAGAGAGGGGAUGGAGGAUGCCUCCAGAUGUGUCCAGAAGGACAUCGGUCCAUCUCAGAAAAUGCUGGAGGCAGAGAGUCCGGCCUACCAACACCUUCAGAGCCACAAUAAUAAUAACCACAGCAUUCCUCACCGGGAUCGUAAACACCAGCAGGUCCACAAACAAGCCUCCAGCAAGGCCGAGGCAGACAGAGGCAGCAGCCUCACCAGUAGUAACAGCAAAUACGGAGUAGUGAAGGGUUCCGAGUGGAUCUGAAGGACAGAAUGUGACUUCUUUUAUUUCUUAAAAUCAGUUUUUUUUACUCUUCAGAUCAACACAUAUUUACAUCGUGUACUAUUGUAUUAAAAAAGGAGGGGGUAGCUACUUUACAUUAUUUUCAAUGACAUUCAGGCAAUUUAAAUAGUAAUUGAAAAUUAAAACCACUCUGUACCAGCCCACUGAAGCUCUGUCUAAUAAAAACCAAACCUAGACAUCCAUACUGAUGAUAAAUUGCACACUUAAUGCAAGUCUAUUCCAAAUAAAAUUGGGUGUUAACAAUUAUCAGGUUGUGCUUUACAAUUUUAUUUUAUUUUCAGGAGUUCAUGUCGACUUAAAUUUAGUAUGAAUAUAAAGUGCAGAGUCAGCUUUGCUGAAACCUAUGGUGCCUUAUGUAAACAGCCAAAGAGCUGCUUCCCACUGACUCUGCAUCACUUCCUGUUUAACUGUUCAAUAAUUACUUUUUACACAAUGUGCUCAUCACUACGAACUGACAACAGAGCCAGCUUCAUGUGGCUAGUUUUCAUGACUGUCCAGGUGUUAAAGCAGUAAUGCAAAGGUCGAUCUUUAUUUUCACCAAACUUUCAUCGUUUUCAAUGCUAUGAAGAAAAACGAUGUAUGUUGUCAUUAGCUAAAUUGACAGUUUUUCUUGUUUUCUCUUUAAUAUAUUGUUCAAUGGAUGUUAGGCAAAGGUUUAUGACCAUAAUUUGUUGUUCGUAGCAUUUUUGUUGGCCUGUUGCUUUUAGACACGUGAUGUUUGUGCCAUGAAGGUUUUCUCAAACUUUCUUUGUUCUGGCAUCUGGCCUGGGUUUUUACAUUUUUUGUAUUAGUAUGAAAACUUCCUUGUUAUUGAUACCUAAUUUCACUUUCAGAUUUUCACAUUGAAAUGCCAUGAAGCCCAGCCAUUGUUUAAGUUUGUCAAAAGUAUUUUUAUGAACAAAAGGGUGCAUGUUUUGAAUAAAGACUUUAUAUUUGUCUCACA